AUGCCAACAGCAGAAAGAAAGGAAGGAAAAGCGUCACAACGACUCACAGCUAACGACUCGUGCUGUCAAAGGGCCCCCACCAUCGUCGGCCUCUCUAUUGUAGGCUACGGCGCGAAAGUAUACAUUGAUAGCGUCCGCGAGAAGCGCGAGCGCAUGCUCGAAGCCCAAUACCAGGAAGAUCGCGAGAGGCAACGACGCAACGACAUGCUCAUGGACGUAUACGGCGACCGCGAAAGUCUAGAAGGCUUGGAAAAGGCCAUUCAAUUCUACGAGAGCGGAAAGAAGUAA